AUGUCUGAUAAAAACAGUUUGUCAAAAAUCCUAUCUGUUAAAUUUAAUGAUAUAACAAACUGUGCAGGUGCAUCUUUAAGUGAAAUUAUAUCCUAUUUUAAAACUUUUGAUCAAGCCAAUAUUUCUGAAGCAUUUGAUGCUACUAGUCACAAAAAUAAAGUUAUUACUGCUAAUAAAUGGUCUGCUUUUACUAAAAAGGUUUAUAAUUUACAAGUAGAAUCAAAAUCAGGAUUUAAAAAUUUGAUUAAAUAUUUGGAUGAUGAAAAAAAAAGCAACAAACUUAUUGGUAAACCAACAGGUGAAAGCAUAAAUUUCUUAUACUUAAAAAAGGCAAUUAAAUAUUACAAUGAAAAAAAAUACAAACCAGCUUACAACCUAUUUAGACAUCUUACUUGUGAAGAAUCAGAAAAAGAUACUGGAAAGGAGGCAACUCAAAUUUAUGGUAUUUCCAUAUAUUAUAUUGCACUUUGCAACUUAAAUGGGAAUGGCACUGAUAAAGAUGAGAAUUAUGCUUUAUCUGUUGCCAAAUUUCUUGAACAAUAUAAGAAAAAUAGUGAAGCAUUAAAGGUUUACAAUUUAUUAUGUUCUGAAGCUAAGGAUGUAAAUAUUAAAAAAGAAGCUUUACUUGAAAUUAACAAAUUACAAAUUAAAAAAUAA